AUGACAUCUUCAAGAGUUUUGAUUUUGUUGGCACUUUGUGUCCUUCCUGCUCUACUUGUUGAGGCUGUUCCACUCAAGGAACCUUACCAAGUCACCGGUCGUGUAUACUGUGACACAUGCCAUCUCGGUUGCGAACACAAGCUUGUCACUUACAUCGCAGGUGCUAAAGUGAAAAUUGAAUGCAAAGAUGAUAAAAAUUUCCGCAUCAACUACAAGCGAGAGGGAGUUACAGACAAAGACGGGAGAUUUACCAUUGAAGUAAGAGAAGACCAUCAAGAGGAUUUCUGUUUUGCAGUCCUCGUGAGCAGUCCUCAGACUAACUGUAAGAAAAUCGUUCCAGGACUUGACAAAGUGACUGCCAUCGUUACCAACAACAACGGGUUACAAGAAACAUCACCUAAACGUAACGUUAACAGCUUAGGGUUCAAAAAGGAUAGCAAAGUCGCUGGCUGUGCCGGUCUUGUUCUGCAGUACAACUCUGAUGUCUAG